AUGGAGAGGCCGCGGUGCUAUCUGGACAUUACCAUCGGCGGAGAGCUUGAAGGCAGGAUCGUGGUGGAACUGUUUAACGACGUUGUCCCUAAAACUGCUGAAAACUUCAGAGCUCUCUGCACCGGCGAGAAAGGCCUUGGGCCUCACACCGGCGUUCCUCUCCAUUACAAGGGAAGCAAAUUUCACCGUGUUAUCAAAAGCUUCAUGAUACAAGGUGGAGAUAUUUCUGCUGGCGAUGGUACUGGAGGUGAAUCAAUCUAUGGACUGAAAUUUGAAGAUGAGAACUUUGAGUUGAAACAUGAAAGAAAAGGAAUGUUAUCAAUGGCCAAUGCUGGACCCAACACAAAUGGCUCCCAAUUUUUUAUCACCACUACUCGGACUUCUCAUCUGGAUGGCAAACAUGUUGUUUUUGGGAAGGUAGUCAAAGGCAUGGGAGUUGUUCGUUCCGUGGAGCAUGUCACAACUGGUGAAAAUGAUCGCCCUACUGCUGAUGUCAUUAUUUCGGAUUGUGGUGAAAUCCCCAAGGGAGCAGAUGAUGGAAUUGUUGACUUCUUUAAAGAUGGAGAUAUCUAUGCUGAUUGGCCUGCUGAUCUUGACAACAGUCCUGCUGAGCUUUCUUGGUGGAUGACUGCCGUAGAUUCUAUCAAGGCAUAUGGAAAUGAUCACUUUAAGAAACAAAAUUACAAAAUGGCUCUUAGGAAGUAUCGGAAAGCUUUGCGCUAUUUGGAUAUCUGCUGGGAGAAGGAUGGAAUUGAUGAAGCCAAGAGUGUGCAUUUGAGGAAGUUGAAGUCUCAAAUAUUCACUAACAGCUCGGCUUGUAAACUCAAAAUUGGAGAUUCAAAAGGGGCCCUUUUGGAUGCUGAUUUUGCAAUGCGUGAUGGGGAGAACAAUGCUAAAGCUUUGUUUCGCCAGGGUCAGGCACACAUGGCUCUCAAUGAUGUCGAUGCAGCAGUUGAGAGUUUUAAAAAAGCUCUGGAUUUGGAACCAAAUGAUGGAGGAAUAAAGAAGGAGCUUCUUGCAGCAAAAAAGAAGGUAAUUGGGAAUUUUUAA